ACUGAUCCCUGCUGUCAGUUGACAAAAAAAAGGAGUAUUAAGUGCAUAUUUUAAUGCUGUAAAUUCCCUUUUAUGUUUUGAAACUAAAAUGUGUUUCUUCAGUAUUUUAUUGAAAAUAACCGUUCUGUUAUUUGUUGUACAACAUGUCCUAGCAGAGAAUAUAUGUACCAAAUAUCUUCGUGAAUUAGCUCAAAAACAAAGUGCAUUCGUGCAAUGUUCAACACUGCAUUCAGUGCCGGUGAGCCUUUGCAUAGGUUGUAAGGACCCAUUUAAAGAAAUGCAAUAUGCAUAUUCGAAAAUGCGCGAUGUACAAAAUUGCACAGAGACGUUCUUUGACAAAGAUCGCAUCAACAUUGUUUCUACAACACAAUCGAUACUAACCGGGUUAUGGACAAAGGCUUAUUGUGAUGAUUGCUUUGCUAAAGAUAAUUCGGAAUUAUUUAACACAAAAAUAAACGAUCUGGAAACUUGCCUGCGUGAGAACAAAGGUGAAGAAUGUGUUCUCUGUUUGGGCAAAUAUCUGGAUCUAAAUGGAUUUUAUGUUGGUUUGGAUAAACAUAAUAAUGGACAAGUUUGUUACGACAUGCAAGAUUCGAUGAAUCGAACGAGGGCACACUGGUCUAAAGAUUUAAAUUGUUGUCAUCGUGAUUUUAAUAUGUACCUCUUUCUUGUUACUUGCGGUAUUGUAGUCCUACUCCCAUUAAUAUUUUAUAGCACCACAUAUACUAUAACGAAACGACAGGAGAGAUACCACGAUAUUUUAACUGAAGACACCAGACACAAUGCCCCAUCUACAAGUGUCAUGGCCAGUAGUUCCGUCGCUGAUCUACCAAGUACAUCAUCAACGGCAACCUGUCCACGUAUACCUUCAAAGAAGAACAUAAUAGAUAUUGAAGAGUAUACAUCCUCCGAUGAUGACGAAUACGCGGAGGCAACGAUCACAAAAAAAUCGUAAUAAAAUGGAAUAAACUUAAAUGGUUAUAUUAUUAUUAUUAUAAGAGACCUUAAAAUGUUGAGUUCGGAGCAUUUAAAACACACUUUUAAAUUUUAUAUAUCAAAAUAAAAAUUUAUUAAAAAAUUAAUUGCACCUACAAAA